AUGCCGCCGCGAAGAGUCCCCGGCUUGGGGCAGCGGGCGCGGGGUCGCCUGGUGUGCCUAGCGGUGGUGGUUCUGGCUGCCGCUGGCAUCUCAACUUACAAAGCAAUCGGUGGCGGAGGCAGUAGAAGCGGCGCACACACGGCGGCAGACGCACCGCAGGCUGCUAUUAUCGAAGGAGGAAAAGAAGCAAUUGGUGGCGGCGUGAGAGGAAAUGAGGGCCAGCCUAACAAGGGCGGGGGCGGCGCCGAGCCCGUAGUCCCAGACGGGGGAGAUGCAGCUGGCGCAGGCGAACCCCCCAUAAAGAAAAACCCAGCAGAAGGAGAGGUGGCGGCGGGGCUGCCGACGAAAAAAGGAAAGGUCGAGGUUUUUGAGGAAACGGAGGACGGGGGUUUCCUCCCGAAGGUGGGACAGAUUAGAGUUAAGACAUCGGAAUCGUUGGACUUUUCGACUGAGGACACUGUGCCGGGCUCCAUGUGGCUUCCCAUCGCGCUGCGCGACGUGGCAACGGGGGACCCGUGGGUAACCAUGUGCCUCAUCGACUACGAGCACUACCAGAAAUCGAUGGCGGACGAGGGAAGGGCGCCGCUGCCUCCGAAGGGGUUCAUCUACCACGAGACGCGCUGCGGCUCAACCCUUGUGGCGAACAUGCUGGCCACGCUAGCUCCCAGCCGCGUCUUCUCCGAAUCUAAGCCGCCCACACAGACAAUCCGUGAGUGCCUGACGGCGGGGUGCGAUCGGCACCUCCUGGUGAAGAUGUUCCGCAACACGAUGGCGUUAAUGGGCAGGAGAAGAAACGGGGAGCAGCACGAGCACCUCUACUUCAAGUUCCAGAACUCGAAGCAAAUCUCCGAGGCCUACCCCGAGGUUCCCUGGGUCUUCGUCUUCCGUGACCCCGUGGAGGUGAUGGUUUCCAACCUCAAGUCCUACGCCGGGGCCCCGUGCGUCCGCAUCCCCAGGCAAGAGAAGCUGAGGAAGCAGGCCAGCAGGAAGUUUAAGAAGCUUGGAGGGGGGGGAGAACCCGCGAUGUUGAAGUCGAAGGCUGCGCGGGACGCCGCCGCUCUGCAGAAGACGAGGCCGAAGUUCGGGCGGGGGCGGGGGCGGGGGAGUGAGCCCUGGGGGCGCGAGCCUGAGGGGGUACGCGGAGGGGGAAAGAGGUCGCGGAGUCUUGUCGAAGCGGCGGUGGUGCUCGGCGGAAGUGCACCAGGGGAGGGAGUGACGGCGACUGCGAAUGGGGUAGCGGCGGGGGGUGGGGGUGGGGGCGAUGAUGCCUUCUCCGAACGUGACACGGGCGUCGUCGUAUGGGAGGAGGAGGAGGAGGAAGAGGAAGUGGAGGACGGGGACAGCGACUUCUACGCCAGCGUUUCUUGGAGCGGUGGCAUCAGCGGGGGUAUCGAGUCGUCGGAUUUGCCGUUGUAUCCGGCGGCAUAUUCUUCUGCUGCCCUCUUUGAACCGUCGCCUUGGGAAUCCGCCGCCUUCGGUGCGGACGAAAGGCGACGAUCGCUCGCAACCAAGAAAACGGGGCAAAUGCUGACCAUGAACAUGACCAUGGAGUGCGCUAAUUGGCUGCAGGCCAUGUGCGCCUUCGCGCUGGCGGCGGAGAAGGAAACACCGUCCAAGGCCCUUUUCGUGGACUACGCCAACCUGCCGGAUGCGGUCCCGGAGUACGUUUUCCCGCAGCAUUUCGGCAUGGAGGCAGAGGUGGCAGAGACCGUGCCGGACUGGAAAGACCGCAUGUUCGAGGCGGCGGGAUCGUACUCGAAAGGCCUUGGGAAGAGGACUAAGGAGUUCACCAACGAUGUCAAGGAAAAACACAAGGACGCUUCACCGCUGAUCGUGGAGGCGUCGGAGAAGGACGGUGGGCUGUACGAAGUGUAUCGCUCUCUUGAAGUCAUGCAGUCCUGGCGUAGACCAGACUCAGAAGAAGCGCAUCAUUAGUAGCUUGGCCCCCGCGUGAAGCAAUCAACUAUACAGCAGUAGACCAUGCCUUGUGUGCCUUGUGUGUAGCGUGUUUGUUUGCCAUUGAUUCCGUCAGGGAGGGGCGGGGUUGGCGUCUGCUGGGCCUACCGAGCGGGGUUUUCCACUCGAACCGACGAUUGUUGGGUGUGUUGGGAGGGCCUUGGGUCUUGAUUGCGGAAAGUUUUCGGUGCAGAUUCGGUGCAGAUUGGCUCAUUCAUGUAGUGGGAUGACAUGCCGGGAGUUCGACCCCCGGCAGGUUGUUCUUUUUUCCCACCCCAUGCACAGCGGAAGUAAGCACAAUAUGCCGAACACCCUUAGCAGGAUGCCGCGCGCCCUUCAUGCGACUCGCCGAAUACCUCACGGUGCUUCGUGCUUGGUGAUGUGAGAGCCUGGUCCGGUGAGAACCCGGCGUGCUCCGUCCCGGCUUUGUAGGGAUGCGAGGUCAAUGGUCCAUCGACUACGGCAUGCACGACCAUAAGUACACCCAGGCACAGCGGGGGUUUCCCAAAGUCCGUGUUGGCUGUGGUUACACCCGGGGACAGAGGGCGUGGCGGUGGAGCGUUCAAGGGCAAACACGCGACGAGAAGAGGGGGGUAGACACCAAGCGUUCGUCUACCGCCGCGUUUUACGACCUGUGAUGAGGAUGUUGGUUGUGUUCUGCCUAUCUUGGGACGAGGUUUGUGUUGUGUUGUGUUGGCGGCACAGUAGAGAGGCUUGGGACUAGCGGACAACACUCGCUUAAGUUUGGUUUUCUCGUAAAUAUGCGGACUUGAAACCGUGGCCGGUACUACUGUAUUUCUGUGCUCCCUUGUCGGGGACGCGUCUUGUACAGCGCACUCCUGAUGUGUUGGUUUUGGUCCUUGAGUCUGGGAUGGCUGUAGCUGUUGCCUUAAACGUGCUGCACAGCUGUCCGUCGAAUGUCCCGUAUAUAUGUAUGUAUGGAGUCCACGAUAGGCAGUUUGUUUCCUGACUGCGUGUGCAUUAUGCGUUGCGCAAUCAGGCAGCUGCAGCUACGAAAGUUUCGGGUGUAGACAGCAGUUCCAUCGGAGGUUGGCGUAGAUGAUAAGGUGUGCGUGUUUUGGUUCAGGUUGGGUGCAUUUGCGAACAAGCUACAUAUGCAUACGUACCUAUUAGUAGAUCUGCAUAUUCCAAUGUAAGCGUAUUUCCUGGGCUCAUGAGGUGUGCUUUGCGUUGCACAGAGUGGUACGAGGUGUACAAGUUGCAUGAGAGUACAAUCGGUAUUUCCCUACAAUUGUUUUUUCGGGAGUGGGAAACGUAGCUCCUCGUUACAAGCAGUAGCAAUCGGGUGGUGAUCGAGUGUGUGUGUGUGUGUUUUUUUUUUUUGCAUUUGUUGUGGGCCCCAGUUUACUCUUGUCUUCUCGCAAGAGUACACUUUUUCUGGACACAGGCCACCCCCCGGCGACGGCAAAGUUCUUUUUGGUUUAAUAUGAACUAGUAUUUUAUGUAGGAAUUAGUAUACGGGGGUUCGUUCACGAAAAUAAGAUCGUUACCACGGUGCCCCUAUGAAAAGUAUUUAUC